GGAAUCGUAAGAAACUAUUUCGUUGUUCGUUACUAAGAGCCCACGAUCAUGUAUACGUAUGUGAGUCGAUUCACCUAAAAAUAUCCACAAAACGGUGAAACAGUUUAUCAGUGGUGCAUCGUGAACGCAAAAAAAUGGAUUUUGCACAGUAUCGUAAAAUUGCAAUCUACAUUUUGACGUUCAUGGCUUACGCAUGGUCUGGCUACGGUGCUGGUUUAUUGUUAAACUUAAAAGAUGCCGUAUUAGCAACGGAAUCGAUUUUCCAAGAUUUAUUUGAAAAUGCAAUCACGGUAGCGAGAAAAAUCAAGGACAUUCAUGAAGUAUUUGACGCAGCAGUGGAAGAAAACUGUAUUUUCCAGUGUCCAGGAGGUAUCACACCUAAACCUGAUUGGAAUCAUACACCGCAAAGCAAUGGAUGCGGGUCUUUAGGAAUAGAGAUAAAUCAAGAGUACCUGCCGUUAGCGGAAAUGACCAAAUGUUGUGAUGCGCAUGACAUUUGUUAUGAUACUUGUAAUUCAGUGAAGGAUACGUGCGAUUUAGAAUUUAAAAAAUGUUUAUACAAAUACUGCGAUGGAUAUCAAACACCCGCGAUUACAAAAACAUGCAAAGGUGCCGCAAAAAUGCUCUUUACAGGUACGACUAUUUUAGGAUGCAAAAGUUACAUGGAUGCGCAAAAAGAAGCCUGUUACUGCGGUGACAAAUGGAGUAAGAAUAAGAAACCUAAAAGAGCCGCCCAAGCUGGCGGAGAAUUAUAAAAUUAUAUGAAUCUCUAAUUUAACGUGUAAUUAGGUGAAACGUAUUCCAGUAUUUAUUUAUGAAUCUCUAGCGAUUAGACGAACGAUUUUAUACUCGUUGUACUGGCGCUAAACACGUGGCAAAUUAAAAACUGUACCGGUCCUCAUAACAUUUUAUACUUG